UGCAUUUCACUGGCUUAAUCAUUCUGGGAGGAAAUCUGGCAGGAUAAGUAGAUAAAAAAGAAAGAAUUUAAUAAGGUGCAAUUUCUCAGCAGGAAUUGUCCAGAACCAAAAUGGUGGCUAGCAAGAAGAAUCCGCCAUUCUGAUGUCAUGGAAUUUGUGAAUACAGAUAGCAACUUGAAGAAGCCAGAACUGAAGAGACAGGAUCAGCAUGACACCCCUGCGUCCCUGCGGGUCCCCUCUGCAUGGUCCUUGAGCAGCUCAGAGUUGGCUGUCUGCAUCUAUCUGUCUACUUUGCCAUGUGUAUCUAGAACAGGCUGUAUUUUGCAGUGAUUUGGGAUUUGAUACCCCUGAUGUUCUUGGUUUGAUAACAUUGUUCAGUUGGGACACUCAAAGUGUUUUCAGCUCAUCACAAGGUCAAGCUGUGCGGUCAGUGUGGGCACCACCAGGGGCCGUUCAAGAAUUCUCUGGUUCAGGGUGCAGCAUGGCACCGACACGUCUCUGUACUCCACAAAAGACGUGACCAUGGUCCCGUAACCUGCUCAGUCUCACGGCCUCCACUGUCCUCUGUGCCUGCUGUCCCAGCGCAGGGCCAUGCCGACCCUCAGAAAUGGAAACCUCUCGGCGCUGCCCUUGCGGGAGUUUGUGCUGGAGGGCUUUAGAGGAGGGGUGGAGAUUCAAGCUCUGCUCUUUGCUGUCUUCCUGGCCCUGUAUGUGGUGACCGUCCUGGGCAACGUCUCCAUGAUCGUGGUCAUCACCCUGGAUGCCCGCCUGCACUCCCCCAUGUACUUCUUCCUCAAGAACCUGUCCUUCCUGGACCUCUGCUACUCCUCCGUCAUCGCCCCCAAUGCCCUGGCCAACUUCCUCUCCUCCAAGGCCAUCAGCUUUGGGGGAUGUGCUGCCCAGCUGUUCUUCUUCUCCUUUCUUGGUACCACUGAGGCUAUACUUCUGGCUAUAAUGGCCUAUGACCGCUUCAUGGCCAUCUGCAGCCCCCUGCAUUACCCUGUGACCAUGUGUCCUGCUACAUGUGUCCGCCUGGUGCUCGGAGCCUACUGUGGAGGCUGCCUCAACUCCAUCAUAGAGACCAGCCUCACCUUCCAGCUGCCCUUCUGCAGCUCCAACCGCAUCGACCACUUCUUCUGUGACGUGCCCCCCCUGCUCCGGCUGGCCUGUGCCAACACGGCUCUCAACGAGCUGGUCAUGUUCGGCAUCUGUGGUUUCAUCCUUGUGGGUGCGAUACUAGGGAUCUUGGUCUCCUAUGGCUACAUCGCAGUGACCAUCCUCAGGAUGCGCCCAGGAUCUGGGCGGCACAAGCUCUUCUCCACCUGUGGCUCCCACCUGACAGCCGUGUCUCUGUUUUAUGGAACUGGUUUUAUUAUAUAUGGCCAACCAGGAGCCGUGGAGUCCAUGGAGCAGGGCAAGGUGUUCUCCGUCUUCUACACCCUGGUCAUCCCAGUGCUCAACCCCCUCAUCUACAGCCUGCGGAACAAGGACGUGAAGGACGCCCUGCGGAGGCUGGGAGAGAGGCCCACAGCCUCGUGCAGUAGGGAGGCUGUGAGAGGCAGUGUCCAUGAGGACUGAUGGAAAAGCUCCAAGGGAGGCAGUGCGUAUUGCAACAACAGACCAUGUGUGUUCCAAGUCUUAAUUUUCCUUUCCUUCUUGCUUUCUUGCUCUGUCUGUCUUUCCAUCCAUCCAUGAUCUAAUCCUUCAUAAAAGCAUAUCAUGGCUCAGACCUUAUUAAA